GCUUGUUGACAUGACGACACGAGAGGAGCAGUUCAUAGAGACUGUCAGCCUUAUGGCGGUAAAGUGUGAGGAGUUGCUGCAGUAGAGAACUAAACAGAGUCUUCUGAACGACACACGGAGCUGCACUUUAUGGAGGAGAAAUAAAAAACCGACUGAAAUUAGCAGAACAGCGAGUUUACCUGCAUUUAGCUCCUUUAAACAGCUGAGACUGAUGAUGAACAAAGAUUCAGCACUUCUUCAGGGGGCUUUCCUCCUUUCUGACAAGCUGUGCCUCCCCUCAUCCCUGGCCUCAGUUCAGAAGGAUGAGUGGAGUCGGGUGGGACAGCCGAUCCUGGAGGCCGUCAGAGAAAUCUGUGGACAGGAUCAACUUAGCGGUCGUCCCAACCCGACAGCUGUGAGCUGGAAAAAGACGGUAGUUUGUGUUGUGUGGCUGAAGCUGCUGUCCAGAGAGGCAGAGGAGGAUGUUGAGGUGACAUGGAGGGAGAACCCUUUGUUCUCCCUGCAGACCAGCCUCCCUGAGGUCAGCCGUGUCAUCCUGCUGGAACUAGUCAAGUCAACAUCAGCUGCUCAUAUUUUUGCCAGUUUUCUCCUGUGUCUUCCUCAACCUCAGAUGUGCUCAGACCUGGAAAAGCUGACUGAACAUAUGAUGAGCAAUCCCACCAGGGAAGACGAUGUCCAGCUUUUCCUGAAGGUGUGGUGGGAACUAUGGAAAGGCAGAGAUGAUCAGAAAGCAGGAGAGGACAACAUGGAGAUGAUGUUUGCCAGCCAGUGUGCUCGACUGUCCUCAAAGGCUGCCAGUUUGUCCCCUCAGGCUGCUAAGAGGUUGAAGCUGGACACACCAGAUCUACCAGCAUCAAACGCUGAUGUUCUGCACGUUCUGAUUCAUGCACUCAAAGACAUGAAAGAUCACGUAUCCUCAGCAGAUCUGUGCUUUCAGUCCCUGUCCGUUUCCCUCACUGCUCUCUACACAGCUUUCCUCAUAGACCAGAAAGUUGUAGUUCCAAUCAAAGAGAAGAUGCACAUCCUGUGUAAAAUCAUCAGCAUCAGAGAAAAGAACAAUGAGGAACUGAGCCCUGAACUAAUCCGUGAGACUUUGAGAGACUUCCAUGCUUCUCAUACACCCUCUCAGUUUCAGCCCAGCAGGAUGCAGCUGAGUGAAGCCUUGAAGAUUAUAACAGAACUUGCACAGUUUUGGCAAAGCAGAGGGCUUCUGACAGUUCAGGACACCUCUAAUCCUAAUCACACUGCAUUCCAACUAGAGCAAAGUGUUCAGAGACUCCUGACAGCUCUGGACCAAACACCAGCAGCUGUGGGGGAAAAUGAUGAUCAAGAGACUGUGAAGAAAACACUCAGGGGUUUGCUGCAGUCACUGGCUCUCCCUGACAUGGAGAGCAGCGCUGAAGUGAGCCUGAAGGUCACCACCACCAUCAUCACACACCGCCUGGAAGACUACGAGAACUUUGCAGCGUUGUUUGCCAGUGAGGCGUCAUGGGCGGCUUGUGAUGAGCGCUGGCUGGACUGUCUGGAAAAGAACCAAGCGGCCUUCCGGCAGCACGGCACGCUCACCAGCCUCUCCUCCACCCUCCUGAGGAAGCUCCACAGCGGGAGCUCGAACGUGAGCCAGUGCAGGAAGCUGAUGAAAAUCACUGCGGAUAUUUUCUCUGCGCUGUCAUUAGAAGACAAGAACAGAGCAUUGGCUGCCCAGCUGGGGUUGUCCAGCAGGGGGUUCUUUGGCUGCUCUGUGCCCUCCGCUGUGACUGAAGGCUUCGAACAGGAGCUCAACAUGGCCUUCAACUGCAUCAUCCAAGGAGGGGCCGGAGCCUCGGCAGCAGCGUCGCAGGGCAAUCUAAACACAGCCGCCUCUUUAGUAGCCAGAGUGGCUUUUCAAAACCCAGAGGCCGCUCUGAGGUCCUGCUGUCAUUCAGCUGUUUUCAAUAAAGGAGCGUUCUCUCUGAUGGCUAAGAUCCUGCAGCAGCUGCCUGGACUGGGAGGUCAGAGAGGGAGAGAAGAUGAAGCUCAAAAGAAUGAGGAAGAAAUACAGGCUGGAGAGGAAAGUACAGCUGAAAGAAGGGAUGCUGUGAGUGGUAGCAGUCUCCUCUGCCGGUGUUUACAGGACAUGAUCAGGGCCAAGUCUCUGACAGCCAGUGAAAAAGAACAGUUGCUCAAGUUUCUGGGUCUGCUGAUGAUGCCUGUCGCUGCAGGUGAGGGAGAAGAAGAGAUGCAAAGCUUCCUGCUUCCUCAGGAGGUCGUGAAUGCCUUCGUCCUGCCGAACCUCUCUGCUAUGGGUCACUGCUCUGUUGAUCCAGAGCUUAGUCUGCAGCUUCUCCACACUGCUUUGUCUGUGGAGGUCCAGGGUCCAGCCUCUUCUCCUCACUGGGUGCUGGACUGCUCUCCUUUCUCCCUCCUCUACGUACUGGCCCAGCUGCACCACCAGACUCUCAGAUGCUGGGAGCAGCCACCAGAGGGCGCUGUCCAUCUUUUUUCCAUGGACACCAAAGACCUGCUGGUGACGGUGCUGACCUCACUGGGGCAGGUGGUGGGUGCAGAGGUGGCAGCAGACCCCAGCAGCUGGUCCAGAGCUCUGUUCUGGCUCUACAGCAAGAUGGAGGAGCUGGACUGGACCGUUCGGUUCCACCUGAAGCCUGUGUGGCGGCAACACUUUAAAAAUGAGGUGCCGUCGUCCCUGCUGGCUGUGUGUGAUCUACCUGAAGAGGAGUGGUCUGGUUUGGAUCUGCUCUCAUACGGUCCAGGAACGGGUCUGCUGGCCUGGAUGGAGUGCUGCUGCAUAUCUGACUCCCUGCAGUCCACCAUGCUGUCCCGUCUCUCUCUGGACCAGCACAAGCCCGACCACGUCAGCAUGUUCAGCAAAGGCCUGCUGGUGGCUCUGACCCAGACUCUGCCCUGGUGCUCUGUCUCCCAGUGGAGCAGACUGCUGAAAGCCCUGAAGGAGCUCAUCUCCUCCUCUCGCCUCCACGUCCCCUUCUCUCUGGAGUACGUGGACUACCUGCCCCUCCUGGACCUGAGGAGGUUUUCAGAUGAGCUCCGCCUGUCUGUCCUCCUGCUCCGAGUCCUUCAGCUGCUCUGUGGGUCCAGCUGCUCCCACUGGCUGUCUGUGGAUGGCUGGGCCCACGUUGGCAGGUUAUACUCCCACGCUGUGAGGGACGUGAUCAACUCGGUGAGAGCCAAGCUGCCUCUGCCUUCAUCUGGUGCCUCAGCCGUCUCUGCUUCAGUGUCUCCUAGAAGACCAGCGUCUAGAGGCUCAAAUCCCUCUCUCACUCCAGUCAAAGCUUCUAUCGUGUCUGAAGACCAUCUAACAGAAGACUCUCCUGUAAUAUCACAAGAGUCCCACAUGGAGGAGAAGAAGACAGCCCCCAGCCAGGAAGUUCUGUUUGUUCUCAGCCAGCUCUUCUGCCACGUUCAGCAUGUCCAGGUGAUGAUGCCUGGAGGUCAGUGUGAGCCUCUUUUCCUGUCCAGUCUGGAGAUCCUCAGUCACUACGAGGCCAUCAUGACUGCUUUCCCGGACAGCUGCAGCCCACUGGAGAGCGACAACAUCCGCCACUUCUUCUCUACCAUCACAGACAACCUGGAGAACCAGGAGAUGAAGGCUGUGCUGCAGCAGAAGAUCGCUCAGCUCGUGUCAUCAGCAGCCUGACACCCUCUGUGACUUUUGGGGUCUUUUACACUUGAGAUUAAGUUCUGAAAUGCUUAAAAUUCUGAGCACGUUUGGUGAGGAAACGAGGGCAAUUAUAGUUGCUAAUGCCGCACAGUGUACUCGGCUAAUUUACAAAGUUAUUACAAAACGACGGGUUCAGAAUGGAAGUGAAUAAAAAUCCAGUAUUUCAGAGCAAAUGUCUUCUCGUGCUGCCUCGGUAAUGUUCAUUUCCACUAAAAGGAUGUGGAGGCUCAGAUGGUAUGCUAAUGUGUACUAGAGGAUACAUUUGCAAUUUAAUUCCAGAUUUAUCUACUGUACACCCGGGACAUGAACCCUGUGUAUCUGCUGCUCACCAUCAUCAGACACUUCAGCAGCACUGCAUCACAAUCAGUACUUCAUUUUAGAACUUUAUUCAUCAAAAACAAGACUUUAAUUUGUACAAAAAUAGUCUCUGCGCUUAAGAUUUGUUCAAACUGUGACACAUAAUUUCAGACAGUUGUGUCAUCGUAACGGCUAAGAGGAAACAUUCACACUGCAACUAAUAAAACUCAUAAAUCACAGAUAAAUCCACACAAUCACAGUACACAACAAACACUCAACUGCUGACACUUCACUGAUCAACAUGUAUUAGAGCAAUUAGUAAAAAAAAUCUGACAAUCUGAGUAAAGUUUAAGUAAAAAUUCAAAUGUAAGUAUAUUUUGGGGGAAAUGUUACUAAAAAUUGUAAUAAAUAAAAAGGCUGAUGAGA